AGAAUUAAGCAAAUACAAUCAUCCUUGUCUUCUUGAUGUCUUUUAUCGCGUCCUAGAGUGAUAAGCGUGGGCGACGUCUUCCUAUCCUUCUCUCACUAUUUGGAUAUAUACUGUACGGUAUUGUUUGCCUCCUAGUGGCGCUCUUCCCGUCGUGACCACCUUAUGUUUUUCUUCUAGCGUACUUCCUUCAAAGCAUCGGCGGAGGCUGGCCUUUGUUAUUCAUGGCUUCGUACAGUUACAUGGAAGACGUCACCAGCCAAUACUCCAGAACACCCCGCGUAGCCAUCAUGACUGCUGUUUAUAAUAUAGGAGGUAUGCUUGGUACACUUCUGGGAGCUUGAAUAUAUGCUGUUGAAGGAAGUGUUUGGAUUUUCAGUAUUGCUCUCCUUCUACACUGCAGCGCUUUUGGUGUAGCUGUAAUUAAAGUCAAAGAUAAAAUAUCUCUCGAAGGUGAAGCCGCAGGUAAUAAAUCUAAGGUGGCAAGUCCUUGGAACCCGAAGAAUGUGGUCGACUUAUUCCGUAUUACCUUACUGAGACGACCUGGGCGUACACGAUCACAUCUACUGUUUCUCUUGACUUUUAUGCUCGGUGACAAUACCGCUAUACCUCACAACCUGUACCUGUGGACUUGCAGGGUGUUCAACUGGAGACAAGACCAAUACAGCAUAUAUUAUACCAUUAACCAACUAAUAGGGCAACUUAUUGUUCUCGCCGCAGCCUCGAUUCUUCACAGACUGGAAAUACAUGAUUGUCUGAUGGGGGCAAGUUCAGAACUGCUGGUAUUUCUGAGAAACUUGACGUUUGGACUAUUGACCCUUGCCAGUCAGUGGUGGGUUGUCUACAUGUUCGUUAUUGUGCCAGACCAGCUUCCCACCGCAAUAAUCAGGAGUCAAAUUUCCAAGCUGUGUGAUAGUGACGAGAUAGGAAGAUACAUGUCGCUUCUGGCCAUCCUCGAAGUAUUGUGGCCUGUAGUGGACAGCGCCAUCUUCACCGCCGUCUACACCUCUACUCUCUCUUUCUACCCCUCUUACGAGCACCUCGUCGGUGCCAUAUUCAGCCUUUAUGUUUUCAGUGGAUUCCUAGGGCUGAAGUUGUCCUUGGCCAGUGAGGAAGGUCGAUCUACAGCACAAUCAUCAUUCCAAACCAAUGUUACACUAAACUACAAGAAAGACAACAGUUCAACAGUAGAUGUACAGAAUGCCAGCCAGAUUUCCAUUUCAGGGAACGAGAACAUAUCUGAAUGAGACCAGUGUACAUUAUUAGUUAUGUAAUGUUAACUAGCUGAAGUACCCGGCUCUGCCUGAGCUUAUUUUUGAGGGGCAGCCUCUAGCCCAUGUCCAUUACUACACUAUGAUCUACAAUCCACUAUGUUAUCUACCAUGUAUCUUCUCCAACAUCUCUAAUAUCCGUACUAUAUCCUCUCCAGCAUCUUCAUUAUAUCCACUACACUAUCAUUUACACUCACUUUUCAUGAGGGGGAGGUUGGCCCUUGCAGGGCUAAGCACCCACAUUAUACUUUCAUUAU